AUGCAGAGGGAUAGAAAGUAUGAGAAGGGUGAGGCAACCCAAUUCAUUACCAGACGAAAAGCAGUUCAAAGGUUGCAGCUUUCACUGCCUGAUUUCAGGCGGCUUUGCAUCCUGAAAGGAAUUUAUCCCCAGGAACCCAAAAAGAAAAAAGUUGUUGGUCAUGGCAGCAAAACACCACGGACAUACUACCAUGUCAAAGACAUUGCCUUUUUAUCACAUGAACCAAUCAUCAAAAAAUUCAGAGAAUUUAAGCAUUACAUGCGGAGAAUUAAAAAGGCAAAAGAAAAGAAUGAAAAAGCAAAGAUUAAGCAGAGAGGUCAGUUAUUUAUUUGCUUCUUUUCUGGUAAAAUAUGUCUUUCUUUCUGCUCACUCUCUCCUUUCUUUCUUUCUUUCUUUCUGCUCACUCUCUCCUUUCUUUCUUUCUUUCUUUCUGCUCACUCUCUCCUUUCUUUCUUUCUUUCUUUCUGCUCUCUCUCUCCUUUUUUUUCUUUCUUUCUUUUCUGCUCACUCUCUCCUUUUCUUUCUUUCUUUUCUUUCUGCUCCUCUCUCCUUUCUUUCUUUCUUUCUUUCUGCUCACUCUCUCCUUUCUUUCUGCUCUCUCUCUCUCUCCUUUCUUUCUUCUCUCUCCUUUUUUUGCUCACUCCUCUUUUCUUUCUGCUCACUCUCUCCUUUCUUUCUGCUCACUCUCUCCUUUCUUUCUGCUCACUCUCUCCUUUCUUUCUGCUCACUCUCUCCUUUCUUUCUGCUCACUCUCUCCUUUCUUUCUGCUCACUCUCUCCUUUCUUUCUGCUCACUCUCUCCUUUCUUUCUGCUCACUCUCUCCUUUCUUUCUGCUCCUCUCUCCUUUCUUUCUCUCUCUCUCCUUUCUUUCUGCUCCUCUCUCCUUUCUUUCUGCUUCUCUCUUUCUUUCUUUCUGCUCCUCUCUCUCCUUUCUUUCUGCUCUCUCUCUCCUUUCUUUUCUGCUCUCUCCUUUCUUUCUUUCUGCUCCUCUCUCCUUUCUUUCUUUCUUUCUUUCUUUUUCUUUCUUUCUCUCUUUCUUUCUUUCUUUUCUUUCUGCUCCUCUCUCCUUUCUUUCUUUCUUUGCUCCUCUCUCCUUUCUUUCUUUCUUUCUCCUCUCUCCUUUCUUUCUUUCUGCUCACUCUCUCCUUUCUUUCUUUCUUUCUGCUCACUCUCUCCUUUCUUUCUUUCUGCUCACUCUCUCCUUUCUCUCCCUCUCUCCUUUUACUCUUGCAAUCAAGCAUAAAUGGCUCUUUAUUUAUCAUAAAUGGAUUUUUGUACGUGACACUUGCCACAUGUAAGAAACUCAUACUUGAACCAAAUGGUGAUAAAGAAAUAUUUAUUCUUAGUAUAAAAUUAUUACCACCUGCACUCUCCCUCCCUCCCUCAUCUUUUCUCUCUCUAUCUCUCCUCCCCCUCCUUUUUCCUCCUCCCUCCCCUUUUUAUCUCUCUUCCUCCCCUUUUUUCUCUCCCUCUCUCUUUUUCUCUCCUCUCUCUCUUUUCUCUCUCCCUCAAUCUUUUUCUCUCUUUUCCUUUCCCCCUCUCCCCUUUUUCUCUGUCCCCCCUCUCCCUUUUUCUCUGUCCCUCUCUCCCCUUUUCUCUCUGUCCCUCCCUCUCUCCCCUUUUCUCUCUGUCCCUCCCUCUCUCCCCUUUUCUCUCUGUCCCUCCCUCUCUCCCCUUUUCUCUCUGUCCCUCCCUCUCUCCCCUUUUCUCUCUGUCCCUCCCCUCUCCCCUUUUCUCUCUCUCCUCCUCCUUUUCCCCUCUCUCCCUUUUUCUCUCCUCCUCCUCCUUUUCCCCUCUCUCCCCUUUUCUCUCCCUCCCUCAUCUUUUCUCUCUCUCUCCUCCUCCUUUUCCCCCCUCUCCCCCCUUUCUCUCCGUCCCUCCCUCUUUCCUUUUUCUCUCUCCCCCUCCUUCGAGUUUAUGCAUUACAUCAUUGCUUCAAGGUCAUUGACUAAGGUCUUCAUCUCAAUCAAGGGGAUUUACUAUCAAGCAGAUAUCAAUGGCAUCCUGGUCAACUGGGUAGUUCCACACAAGUUUGCCCACAAUUAUUCUGUUGGUGUUGACUACAAAAUCAUGCAGAUCUUUGUUGAAUUCUACACCACCCUGCUUGGAUUUGUUAAUUAUCGACUGUACAAUUCUAUCAAUCUGUAUUACCCACCAAAGCUGGCCAUCAGACGCGCAAAAACUUCAGAAGAUGAUGACAAAUGUUCCAAGGAAGAUUUUUAUGAAGAGCAACUUGGAGCUUUGACUCAGGAAUUGAAAAGACAUGGUGAUGUCACAAACGACGAAGCCGAGAUUGAUUAUUUUCCUAUUACAGAUUCUGAAGACCCAGAUGAAAUGGAAAAAGCCAAGAUGGAAAUGAAGAAGCGAGCGGACUCUCAGAAGAUAUUUCAGGGGCUGAAAUUUUACCUUAACAGAGAAAUUCCACGUGAAUAUAUGGUGUUUAUUAUCAGGUCUUUUGGUGGAACAGUAUCCUGGGAUCGAACUGGCACCAUCGGCUACAGUUAUCAAGAAGAUGAUCAGACAAUCACACAUCAGAUUGUUGAUCGACCUAAUCAAAACAAAAAGUAUUUAUCUAGGUAUUAUGUGCAACCGCAGUGGAUUUUUGACAGUGUUAACUGCUGUAAGCUACUUCCAGUUGAAGACUAUUUCCCGGGAGUGUUGCUCCCACCUCAUUUGUCGCCAUUUGUGACUGAAGAAGAUGGAGAAUACAUUCCCCCUGAGAAGUUAAGCCGCCUGUAUGAAGAGGGAGACGAAAAUGUGGAAGAAGUUGAAGAAGAAGAGGAGGAGGAGGAAGAAGAAGAGGAGGAGGAGGAAGAUGAAGAAGAGGAGGAGGAGGAGGAAGAGGAAUCGGUAGCUGAAGAAAUGCUGAAAGAAGCUAAGGCAAGCACAAAAAAGAUGUUGGUGAUUCCUGGUGCCAUGGAGACAGAGGACAUCAAUGCCAAGAUUCAGCAGCGUGCGCGUGAGGAACUGAAAUUAGCCGAAAUGAUGAUUCCAAAGAAGAAACGUCGCCUCUAUGAUAAAAUUGUUACUCGCAAGAAGAAAAUUGCCCAAGAGACAAAAGCCUUGCAUAACAAGCGCCAGGCAAUUGACAAGAUGCACAGAAAAAAGAAGUCCAAAAUGAGGGUGCACAACAUAUAUGAAAUAUUAUUUUUCUUUUCUCUCUCUCUCUCUCUGUCUGUCUGUGCUUCUUUAUGGCAUGAAACAAUAGAAUAG